ACCCGGCUACUCCUUGAGAACAUUACACUGACUUCAUUUUUCUGCUCCCUUUCUUCGGGUUUUCUCUCUCUCUUUCUUUCUUUGUAUCCACACACUUCAAUCACUUCACUAUUUAGUAAUAAUUUAUCUGUUUCAACAAUUAGUUAGUUCAUUAUUCUCUUUCAUCUCAAUUCAUCCAUUCAUUCAUGUCUUCCUCCAGUAAAGCAAUUUCUAAAUGGAGAAAAGCAAGUAUAGUAAUAAGAGCAGUGUUUCGCUUCAAAUCUCUUAAUUUUGGCAAAAGUCGAAACGAAACAAGGAUCCAUGAUGUGUUCUUAAGUUUUAGAGGAGAGGAUACUCGUGCAUCAUUCACUUCACAUCUCUAUGCUUCUCUUCAAAAUUACGGAAUUAAAGUUUUCAGGGACGAUGAUUCGCUUCAAAGAGGAGAUCACAUUUCAACAUCACUCCUACGAGCAAUUGAACAGUCUCGAAUGUCUAUCAUAGUUUUCUCAACAAAUUACGCGGAUUCACAAUGGUGUCUUGAUGAGUUGUUGAAAAUAAUGGAGUGUCACAGAACCAUUGGACAAAUUGUUCUGCCGGUGUUCUUCGACGUAGAUCCAUCCGAAGUACGUCGUCAAACCGGUGAAUUUGGAAAAGCAUUUCAAAAUCUUUUGAAUAAGAUUGAGAAGGAAGAAAAUGAGUCCCUAGAAUUCAACUUGGGGUUUACUGAGUAUCUGGACAGAAAGUGGAGAGCAGCGCUUCGUCAGGCAGCCGGCUUUGCUGGGUUCGUCGUUCUAAACUCAAGGAAUGAAAGUGAGGCUAUUAAGGAUAUUGUUGAAAAUGUUACGCGUAAGCUUGACAAGACAGAUUUGUUUAUUGCUAAUAAUCCUGUGGGAGUUGAAUCUCGAGUGCAAGAUAUGAUUCAACUGCUGGACCAAGAUAUAAAACAAUCAGAUAAUGUUCUUCUACUAGGGAUGUGGGGUAUGGGGGGAGUUGGUAAAACAACCAUUGCCAAAGCUAUUUACAAUAAAAUUGGUCGCAAUUUUGAAGGUAGAAGCUUCCUUGCAAAUAUUAGGGAAGUUUGGGAGGAAAAUGCUGGAAAAGUGAAUUUACAAGAACAACUUCUCUUUGAUAUAUGCAAAGAUAUGACAACCAAAAUACAAAGCAUUGAAUUCGGAAAACUUGUAUUGAAGGAUAGACUCUGCCACAAAAGAGUACUAAUUUUACUUGAUGACGUUAAUACAUUGGACCAACUGAAUGCUUUGUGUGGAAGUCAUAAAUGGUUUGGUUCGGGGAGUAGAAUAAUUAUCACAACAAGAGAUAGACAUAUACUUUGUGGGAAUAGGGUUCAUAAAGUAUUCAAAAUGAAACACAUGGAUGAAAGUGAAUCAAUUGAGCUAUUAAGUUGGCAUGCCUUCAAGCAAGCGAGUCCUACAAAAGAUUUUGCUGAAAUUUCUAGAAAUGUAGUUGAUUAUUCUGGUGGAUUGCCACUAGCUUUGGAAGUCCUUGGGUCAUAUUUGUUCGACAGAGGGAUUACAGAAUGGAAAAGUGCAUUGGAAAAACUCAAAAGAAUUCCUAAUAAUCAAGUACAGGAGAAGUUAAGAAUAAGCUAUGAUGCUUUAAAUGAUGAUACUGAGAAAGAAAUAUUCCUUGACAUAGCUUGUUUCUUUAUUGGAAUGGACAGAAAUGAUGUUACACUUAUAUUAAAUGGAUGUGGACUUUUUGCUGAAAUUGGAAUAAGUAUCCUUGUUGAGCGGAGUCUUGUCACUGUUGAUGAUAAUAACAAACUUGGAAUGCAUGAUUUGUUGCGAGAUAUGGGAAGAGAAAUCAUUCGUGGGAAAUCACCAGAAGAGCUCGAGGAGCGUUGCAGGUUGUGGUUUCAUGAGGAUGUGCUUCAUGUAUUAUCAGAUCAAACUGGAACAAAAACGAUUAAGGGGCUGGCUUUGAAGUUGCCAAGAGCUAAUGAAAAAUGUUUUAGUACUAAAGCAUUCAAGAAGAUGACGAGACUCAGAUUGCUUCAACUUGCUGGGGUAAAACUUAAUGGAGAUUUUAAAUAUCUUUCGAGAAAUCUGAGAUGGCUGUCUUGGAAUGGAUGUUCUUUACCACAUAUACCUACAAACUUUUAUAGAGAACAUUUAGUUUCCAUCGAGUUAGAGAAUAGCCAUGUCCAACUUUUGUGGAAAGACGGCCAGUGGAUGGAAAAGCUGAAAAUUCUAAAUCUUAGUCAUUCUCAUUGUCUGACGCGCACCCCUGACUUUACAUUCAUGCCUAAUCUUGAAAAGCUGGUGCUCAAAGAUUGUCCAAUGUUGUCUGAGAUUUCUCCUAGCAUUGGAAAUCUCAGAGAAAUUCUUCUAAUAAAUUUAGAAGAUUGUGUUCGCCUUCAAAGCCUUCCAAGAAACAUCUAUAAGUUGAAAUCUCUGAAAACUCUCAUUCUUUCUGGGUGUGUAAUGAUUGACAAGUUGGAAGAGGACAUAGAACAAAUGGAAUCUUUAACCACUCUGAUUGCACAUAAAACUGCAAUAAAAAGAGUACCCUUUUCAGUGGUAAUGUCACAAAGCAUUGGAUACAUCUCUUUGUGCGGCUAUGAAGGAUUUUCACGUGAUGUGUUUCCAGCGAUCAUUUGGUCUUGGAUGUCACCAACAAAUAAUCUCCCAUCCCCAUUUCAAACAUCUGAUAUCAUGUCAUCUCUUGUUCCUUUAGAUGUACCACAUAGUAAUUCCCAGGAACUAUCAUCGAUUUCCCAGUACCUUCCAAAUCUUCAAAGGCUUUGGGUGGAGUGCAGCUCAGAACUUCAACUUUCUCAUGAUGCAGCAAUAAUUUUAGAUGCCUUGUAUGCCACAAGUUAUAAGGAGUUGGAACCAACUACUGCUACAUCCCAAGUAUCAAAACAUUCCUUAAAAUCUCUUUUAAUUCAAAUUGGAAUGAAUUGCCAAGCCUCUGAUAUUCUGAAAGAGAUAAUUUUACAGAAUAUGGAUCUCAAUAGGAGUGGUAGUUUUUUGCUUCCUGGUGACAGUUAUCCAAAGUGGUUAACCUAUAGUUCUGAAGGUUCUUCUGUAACUUUUCAAGUUCCACAAGUGGAAGGGCGUAACCUGAAGACAAUUAUGUGCAUAGUCUAUACUUCAACCCCUGGUAAUGUAAUAUCAAGUGGCCUUAAAAUCAUGUUAUUGAAAAAUUACACAAAGGCCAUCAUUCAGCUUUAUAAGAGUGAGGUAUUAGUGUCAUUUGAAGAUGAGGAGGGGGAAAGAGUAGUAUCAAGUAUAGAACCUGGUAACAAAAUGGAGGUCGUUUUUGUUUUUGAGAACAGUUUCGUUGUGACGAAGACAGUAGUUUAUCUCGUAUAUGAUGAACCAAUUGGCAAAAAAAUGGAGUUAUAUCAUGUACCAGAUUUGAAUGACAUUACUUGUAGAGGAGCCUGCUGAUGACUUCAAUAGUUUGAGUAAAAUUUGGACAGAACUGUUUUUAACCUUAUUGUAUCCUGAAUGAUAGGAUAUAUGGCUGCCAAGAAGAAACUCUGAUUUAUCAAUUUUACCACAACCUCAUUCUCAGACUCAAUGAUUAUCUUUCUCAAAGCUCAUUUAAUUUGCUUAAACAUCCUGCAACAACAUUUAUUUUUAACCAACUUUGUGCGACGAGUUCUUGGCAAAUUUCUCUCCAUGAGUUUUUAUCAUUUAAAGUGGAUGGUCUCUGUUGUUGGUUGUCUCUUAAUUCACACAAGAUGUGGUAAGCAGUUAUUUUUAAUGACAAAUGUUAUCAUUUUUA